AUGCAUGGAAGAGUACUGACAAAGAAGAAAGUUGAGGUCCAAAGCAGAGAUAUAAUAGUCCAGACGCUACAAGAUGAAUUGGGAGAAAAAAAGUAUUUGCUUGUCCUGGAUGAUAUGUGGCGAGUUAACUCUACAUCAUGGCAUGAGUUCAUGGACACGUUGAGAGAAAUCAAUACGUCCAAAGGAAACUACAUUCUCGUGACUACCCGUAUUAAACAAGUGGCAUCCACAAUAGCAGUAGAUCUUCAUAUGUUGAGAAGAUUAGCUAGAGAUCAUUGUUGGUCCAUUUUCAAACAAAGAGCGUUUGUUGAUAGGGAAGUUCCAGAAGAAAUACUGAGUGUGGAGAACAAGAUUGUUGAAAUGUGUCAAGGUCUACCAUUGGCUGCAAGUGUGUUAGGAGGCCUCAUAUGCAACAAGGAUAAACAUGAAUGGCAGGCAAUUCUUGAUGGCAACCCCCUUGUUGCAGGUGAAGAUGAUAACGGGGAAAAUAGCAUAAAGAAAAUCCUAAAACUCAGCUAUGAUUAUCUACCAUCUCCACAUCUGAAGAAAUGUUUUGCUUAUUUUGCGAUGUUUCCAAAAGAUUUUGAGUUUGAGAAGGACCAACUAAUACAACUCUGGAUGGCAGAAGGGUUUCUUCGUCCUUGUCAAGAGACCCCUGUGAUGGAAGACGUCGGGAACAAGUUUUUCCAACUCUUAUUGCAAUAUUCCUUGCUGCUAAAUGUUGAGCUAGAUGUGCACAACAAUACAAUAUGUAAGAUGCAUGAUCUUUUGCAUGAUUUGGCUGGAGAUAUUUUGAAGUCUAAGUUAUUUGAUCAAAAGAGUGUUGGAGCAGAAAAUCUUUCUCAAGUUCGAUACUUUGGAUGGGACUCACCAAGUGAUCAAAUAGAUAAGAUAAAUGAGCCAAGACGUUUGUGCACAUUGUUCUGGAAAAGCAACAUAUCUGAUGAUAUGCUAUUGAGCUUUCAGUUCUUGAAAGUUUUAAAUUUGUCCGGAUCAGGCAUCGAGGGGUUGUCAGCCAAAAUCAGCAAGCUAAUAUACUUGAGAUAUCUUGAUCUCUCCAACACUGAGAUCGAAGACUUACCCAACUCCAUUUGCAAGCUCUACAAUUUGCAAACUUUUAGAGUCAAUAACUGCUUUUCACUCAGGAAGCUUCCAGAAGAAAUGGAAAAUAUGAUAAGUUUGGAGAAAGGUCGUCGAAUAGAAGAAUUAGGUCAUUUGAAAAACCUUAGAGGUGAAUUGACUAUCAAAGGUCUCCAAUUAGUCAGAAAUACAGAUGAGGCUCGAACAACAUAUUUACAUGAGAAACCAAAUAUCUACCAGCUGGUGUAUUUAUGGUCCCAUGAUGAAUCAGAAAGCUGUGAGAUCAAUGAUGAGUGUGUGUUGGAUGGUCUUCAACCGCAUCCUAACUUGAAAAACUUAGAAAUGGAGAACUAUUUGGGGACUAGUUUUCCUUCAUGGUUCAGUGAGGAAUUGCUACCAAAUUUGGUCGAGUUGAAAUUAAGUUGUUGCAAAAGGUGCAAAGAAAUUCCAUCGCUUGGCCAACUGAAGUUCCUUCGGCAUCUUGAGUUGAUAGGAUUCCUUGAAUUGGAAUGCAUCGGACCUAAAUUUUAUGGUGUCGAGAUUAAUGAUAAUGGAUCACGCAGCAAUAAUGACAAUAUCCAAGUGUUCCCGUCAUUGAAAGAACUAGUAUUAGAGGAUAUGCAUAGCCUUAUUGAGUGGAAGGGAGAUGAAGUUAGAGUAAGAAUGUUUCCUGGGCUUGAGAAGUUGAGGAUUACAGAGUGUCCACUGUUAAAAGGUACUCCAACUCAAUUUGAAAUCCUGCGUGAAUUAAGAAUUGAAAGAGUUGACAGUGAAAUGCCAUUGUUGAACUUGUGCAGCAACUUAACAUCUCUUGUGGAUCUUGUUGUCAGUAACGUGAAAGAGCUCACGUGUCUUCCCGAUGAGAUGCUACGCAACAAUGUUUCUCUUCAACACCUAUCAGUCUCAGAAUGUGGAGAGUUUCGUGAAUUGCCACAAAGCUUGUACAAUCUCCAUUCUCUUAAGAGGUUAGAGAUUACCAGCUGCACCAAUUUCAGUUGUUUUCCUGUUCCCAGUAGAGAAAAUUAUUUGACUUCCCUCCAAAGUCUUGAGUUAUGUUAUUGUGAUAUAUUGACCAGUUUACCAAGUGGAAUGCUAGAUCAUUGUCUGUCUUUGGUAUCUUUGAAUGUCUUCCAUUGUAACAACUUAGUUCCCUUCCCUUUACCCUCAGGGGGCCUUCACCGCCUAGGGAUAUUGCGAAUUGGUCCUUUCUCAGAGAUGGUGAAUUUUGAGGCAUUCCAAUUGAUUUUUAAUGGCAUUCAGCAGUUGUUGUCCCUUCGUAGGCUGUGUGUGUACGGACGUUUGCACUGGGAUUCUCUGCCCAGUCAGCUUAUGCAACUCUCUCACCUAACACAUAUCUAUAUAUAUGAUUUCGGAAUUGAGGCUCUUCCUCAUAGUCUUGACAACCUCACUUCUCUUGAAACAUUACAACUAAUGAGGUGCAAACAGCUACAACAUCUGGACUUCUCAGAUGCCAUACCCAAAUUACGAUCAUCUGCCAUCCAGAGAUGCCAUGCGACGCCUCACUAA